GAAGGCUGGUCGGAACAGUCAACAUCCUUCCAUCAACCGGGAGGAUCCCUUGAUUGCGUCGUCCACCUUUUUCACCAUGUUGUCUGCAACUCGAACCGUUCUUGCUCGCCGGCUUAUGACCCGUGCUCCUGCGUGUUCCCGUGCCUUCUCUCAGACCCCCGCUUCCCUUGGCCUCUUCAGCGACUACGUUAAAACCCUCAAGACCAAUGUCAAGGAGAUUACCUCCGAGCAACUGAACGCAAAGCUCACAAAGGAUCCUGUCAAUGGCCCACCACCUACGGUACAUGUUCUUGACGUCCGCGAGACAUAUGAAUGGAAUGAAGAGCACCUUCCUUUUGCUGUGUACACGGGAAGAGGAUGCCUGGAACGGGAUAUUGAGGGCCUCAUUCCGGAUCAGUUUGACGAAAUUAUCCUCUACUGCGCUGGAGGAAACCGGUCGAUUGUUGCUGCCGACUCGCUUCAAAAGAUGGGCUACAAGAAUGUGUACAGCUUGGCUGGUGGCAUUGGUGGAUGGAAAAAGGACGGAUAUCAAAUUGUGCAAAACUUCAAGACCUACUCUGAUCAAGUGAAGGGAUACUAGGCCAGAGCUGUGCGCAUGUCAUCGUAGUUUAGACUACAAAAUAAAUAUAUAUCGCAUCUAGAUGCCAUACAAAUGUG